AUGGACGGUACUCAAGCAUCAGUAUCAACAGAUGAUUCAAGCCAAGUGGGCUCAGGACCAAAUGUCAAUAGAUCCUCUACGAGCGUAGAACAAGCACUCAGGUUACUACCAGUUUUCGAUGGGACAAGUUCAGAAGAAGUACAUCGAUUUCUUAGGGCAUGUGAUUUUGCAGUCAGAAUCAUUGACCCAGGACAAAUCAGCUUAUUGGUGCAAGGGAUGACUGUUAAAUUGUCCGGGAGAGCGUUACGGGCAAUCAGGUAUAAAGAAAUCGAGACUUAUCGGGAUUUCCGGAAAGCGAUCGUCGAAAUGUCAGACAAGAAGAAAUUGCUACCACAAUUACAGAUGAAGAUGCUCACAUGCAAAAUGAGUUCAGGUGAAGGGGUACAAGAUUAUCAUGAUAAGAUGGAGCAACUCAUGCACGAUUUAAUCGAUGCAGCCAUGGAAAGUGGAGACUACAUAAAUGGGGAGGAUAUUGAUAAGCUAUUGCGCAAUCAGAUACUCAACGCGUUUAUAAGUGGGAUGCCAGAAUCGUAUCGAAUUCUCCUUAAAGCUAGAGGUCCCAAGAACCUCAGGGAAGCUUUGGCAUAUGCACUAGAGGAGGAAACGGAAGAAAACCUUGCCAAAGAAACUCAGCAACUAUUCAGUAAUAAAAAAAACUCGAAGGAUCAACAGUCUCAGCCCUCAAAAGCAAAUCAUACCGUGUUCAAGCAGAAGGACAGUGGCAAAAGCAGCAGCAUUAGUAAGGGAUGUUUUAAGUGUGGGCGAACUAACCAUUUUGCCAGGGAAUGCAGAGCGUCGUCAUGGGAUCAGGAGAGAUUCAAAUCCAGUCAGCAGAAUGGGCAGCAAAAUAACUCGAAAACUCCCACAAAAGCAGUAUUAGUUUGCAGAUAUUGUAAAAAGGAAGGACAUGAAUUAGAAGUAUGCCGAAAAAGACAAUAUGUAAAUAGUAAAAGACAACAGGGUGGAAAAGAAGCUUCAACAGAACAACAAAAUGCGGGAAACGGAGGGGAACCGAAUCCGAGCAGCGCACGAUCGGUUCAGCAAAUCCAGAGCGCUGUAUUGAGUCUGCAGCGACCUUCCACUUCUCAGCAAGACUUGUAA